GCACUCAGCUGCUCCAGAAAUAGAGAUGAAGCACUCCGCUGCUCCUGAGAUGGAGAUGAAGCACUCAGCUGCUCCAGAAAUGGAGAUGGAGAUGAAGCACUCAGCUGCUCCAGAGAUGGACUUGGAGUACUCAGCUGCUCCAGAAAUAGAGAUGGAGAUGAAGCACUCAGCUGCUCCAGAAAUGGAGAUGGAGAUGAAGCACUCAGCUGCUCCAGAGAUGGACUUGGAGCACUCAGCUGCUCCAGAAAUAGAGAUGGAGAUGAAGCACUCAGCUGCUCCUGAGAUGGAGAUGAAGCACUCAGCUGCUCCAGAGAUGGAGGUGGAGCAGCCAUCUGAUCCAGAAGUAGACGUGGAGCAGUCCUCUGCCCCAGAGAUGGAGAUGGAGCAGACACCUCUGGCACAGCUUGGCACAGCCCUAGGCUGCAGCUUAGCUCUGAUUGUCACAGCUCAGUCCCUCGUGGCAGAGGCAGUGCAGGAGGCAUCGUCUGAGGUACUCUGGGAGAACCUGAGGAUGAUGGAGAGGCAGCCCCCAGCUACCACCAGCCAGCCCCCAGCUCGACGCCGCUCUGGGGCAGGCAUCCUGCGGCGGCUGAGCAAGGGCCUGCGCAGGGCACACAGGGCCUUGCUGUGUGCCUUCUGCAUGGCCCGGGCACAGCAGAACUAGCUGGCCCCUGGCCCAGGGUCUCUUCCAGCAAAAGGCAGAAAGAAGACUGCAAGAUUCAGAGGAACAGGAGGAGCCCAGGACCUCGAGACCAGGGGGACAUUGUUGGGGCCAAGGAGAUGUUGUUGGACGAGAGAGACGUCGUCAGGACCUCUUCCCCUUUCCUCUCUUCCCCUUUCCUCUCUUCCCCUUUCCUCUCUUCCCUUUUCCCCUUUCCUCUCUUCCCUUUUCCCCUUUCCUCUCUUCCCUUUUCCCCUCUUCCCUUUCCCCCUUUCCUCUCUUCCCUUUUCCCCUUUCCUCUCUUCCCUUUUCCCCUUUCCUCUCUUCCCUUUUCCCCUUUCCUCUCUUCCCUUUUCCCCUCUUCCCUUUUCCCCUUUCCUCUCUUCCCUUUCCCCCUUUCCCUUCUGCUCCCUGUUUGUGAGAGUUAAAGAAUAGUUUGACUGUUGGCUGAGUUCAAA